UGCUCGCGCCGGCGCUGCACGGGAGCCUGCCCGCCGCCGCCUGCUUUGUGCUUCCCCCCGAAGAUGGGAGCGACCUCUUGCUGAUCGGGAGCUAUUUAAAAGGAGGGAGUGCGCGGCAUUUCCUACUAGCGUGGAGGAACGGGGGAAGGAUCCAUCCACGCUCCCCAAACCAGGUUGGGACAGUUGGAAGUCUGCCAUUGUACAACAUGCUGCGAUUAAGUCUCUCACCCGCCUUUUCGAUGAGAUUUCAUCUGUUGGCCAUCGUGGCUCUCUUAUUUUUCCAUGUGGACUAUAUAAGUGCUGAGACAGAAAUGGAAGAAGAAGGCAAUGAAACCGGUGAAUGUACUGGCUCAUAUUACUGUAAGAGAGGGGUGAUUUUACCCAUUUGGGAGCCCCAAGACCCUUCCUUUGGGGACAAAAUUGCUAGAGCUACUGUGUAUUUUGUGGCCAUGGUCUACAUGUUUCUUGGAGUCUCUAUCAUUGCCGACCGGUUCAUGUCCUCUAUAGAAGUCAUCACGUCUCAAGAAAAAGAAAUAACGAUAAAGAAACCCAAUGGAGAGACCACCAAGACAACUGUUAGGAUCUGGAAUGAGACGGUUUCCAACCUGACCUUGAUGGCCUUGGGAUCUUCUGCUCCUGAGAUUCUCCUCUCAGUAAUUGAAGUAUGUGGCCAUAACUUCACUGCGGGAGACCUCGGUCCUAGCACCAUCGUGGGAAGUGCCGCAUUCAAUAUGUUCAUCAUUAUUGCUCUUUGUGUUUACGUGGUCCCGGAUGGAGAGACAAGGAAGAUUAAGCAUUUGCGUGUGUUCUUUGUGACGGCAGCCUGGAGCAUCUUUGCCUAUACCUGGCUUUACAUUAUUCUGUCUGUCAUCUCUCCUGGGGUCGUGGAGGUCUGGGAAGGUUUGCUUACUUUCUUCUUCUUUCCCAUCUGUGUUGUGUUCGCUUGGGUAGCGGAUAGGAGGCUUCUGUUUUACAAGUAUGUUUACAAGAGGUAUCGGGCUGGCAAGCAGAGGGGAAUGAUUAUUGAACAUGAAGGAGACAGACCAUCUUCCAAGACUGAAAUUGAAAUGGAUGGGAAAGUGGUCAACUCCCAUGUUGACAGUUUCUUAGAUGGCGCUCUGGUUCUGGAGGUCGAUGAGAGGGACCAAGAUGAUGAAGAGGCUAGGCGAGAAAUGGCUAGGAUUCUGAAGGAACUCAAGCAGAAGCAUCCGGAGAAAGAAAUAGAGCAAUUAAUAGAAUUAGCUAACUACCAAGUCCUAAGUCAGCAGCAAAAAAGUCGAGCAUUUUACCGCAUUCAAGCUACUCGCCUGAUGACCGGAGCUGGCAACAUUUUAAAGAGGCAUGCAGCUGACCAAGCAAGGAAGGCUGUCAGCAUGCACGAAGUCAACACUGAAGUGGCUGAAAAUGACCCUGUUAGUAAGAUCUUCUUUGAACAAGGGACAUAUCAGUGUCUGGAGAACUGUGGUACUGUAGCCCUGACCAUUAUCCGCAGAGGUGGUGAUUUGACCAACACUGUGUUUGUUGACUUCAGAACCGAGGAUGGCACAGCCAAUGCUGGGUCUGAUUAUGAAUUUACUGAAGGAACUGUGGUCUUUAAGCCUGGUGAGACCCAGAAGGAAAUCAGAGUUGGUAUCAUCGAUGAUGAUAUCUUUGAAGAGGAUGAAAAUUUCCUUGUGCAUCUCAGCAAUGUCAAAGUGUCUUCUGAAGCUUCAGAAGAUGGCAUACUGGAAGCCAAUCAUGUAUCUACACUCGCUUGCCUUGGAUCACCCUCCACUGCCACUGUGACUAUUUUUGAUGAUGACCACGCAGGCAUCUUUACUUUUGAGGAACCUGUGACUCAUGUAAGUGAGAGCAUUGGUAUCAUGGAAGUGAAAGUAUUGAGAACAUCUGGAGCUCGAGGAAAUGUUAUCGUUCCCUAUAAAACCAUUGAAGGGACUGCCAGAGGUGGAGGGGAGGACUUUGAGGACACAUGUGGAGAGCUUGAAUUCCAGAACGAUGAAAUUGUGAAGAUCAUUACCAUUAGAAUAUUUGACCGUGAGGAAUAUGAGAAAGAGUGCAGUUUCUCCCUUGUGCUUGAGGAACCAAAAUGGAUAAGAAGAGGAAUGAAAGGUGGCUUCACAAUAACAGGGAAAUACCUGUAUGGCCAGCCUGUCUUCAGGAAAGUUCAUGCUAGAGAACAUCCGAUUCCCUCUACUGUAAUCACCAUUGCAGAGGAAUGUGAUGACAAGCAGCCGCUGACCAGCAAAGAGGAAGAGGAGAGGCGCAUUGCAGAAAUGGGGCGCCCCAUUCUGGGAGAACACAGCAAGCUGGAAGUGAUCAUUGAAGAAUCCUAUGAAUUCAAGAGUACGGUGGAUAAACUUAUUAAGAAGACAAACCUAGCCCUUGUGGUUGGGACAAACAGCUGGAGAGAGCAGUUUAUUGAAGCUAUCACUGUCAGUGCUGGGGAAGAUGAUGACGACGACGAAUGUGGGGAGGAGAAGCUGCCCUCCUGUUUCGAUUAUGUGAUGCACUUUCUGACUGUGUUCUGGAAGGUUCUCUUCGCCUUCGUUCCCCCUACAGAAUACUGGAAUGGCUGGGCGUGUUUCAUUGUCUCCAUCCUCAUGAUUGGCGUACUGACAGCUUUCAUUGGAGACCUGGCUUCCCACUUCGGCUGCACCAUUGGCCUGAAAGAUUCCGUGACUGCAGUAGUGUUCGUCGCACUUGGAACUUCAGUACCAGACACAUUUGCAAGCAAAGUGGCAGCCACCCAAGACCAGUAUGCAGAUGCAUCCAUAGGUAACGUCACUGGCAGCAACGCGGUGAACGUCUUCCUGGGAAUCGGCGUGGCCUGGUCCAUCGCUGCCAUCUACCACGCGGCCAACGGGGAACAGUUCAAAGUGUCCCCUGGCACGCUAGCUUUCUCUGUCACUCUCUUCACCAUUUUUGCUUUCAUCAAUGUGGGGGUGCUGCUGUAUCGGCGGAGGCCGGAAAUCGGAGGUGAGCUGGGUGGGCCCCGGACUGCCAAGCUCCUCACAUCCUGCCUCUUUGUGCUCCUGUGGCUCUUGUACAUUUUCUUCUCCUCUCUGGAGGCCUACUGCCACAUAAAAGGCUUCUAAAGGAACGAUCAGAUAUAGUAAAUUUAUAUAUAAAUAUAUAUAUAUACAUAAAAAAUUAUGGAUAAUGAACAGAGGAAACUGACAUUUGUCAUGUUCACUUACCUGCUGAUGGCAUCCAGCUUCAAGAGCAUACUCUGUACUAGGGCCGAAGUGAGAGACCAUCACCUCCCAUUCCCAAGGGCAUCGUCACGUUGAACAAGGCAUGGAGGCAGGGCCAUCUUUGCAGCUCAGCCUAGAGGGCUGUGUUCUCUCCACGUUCAUAAAUCGUUAAGUCUUUGAUUUGUUUUGUUUUUGCUUGUUUUUGAUGGGGGUUGGGGAGGUGGUUGAUGUUUGGCUUUUCUUUUAUUUUGUUUUGUUCUGUUGGGAGGAUCAGGGUUGUUGCUUCUCUUGUGGGAGGCAAUGACCAGUCUAAAUGCAAAUGGUUUUGUGGUAAAAAUUGAAAUCAUUAAGAUUACUCUCUCUUCCCCUAAAUACUUUAAAAAUUAUUUUGGAUUAAGAAAGGAUAUGAGCAUGGAAGAAGAAAGAAGCGUGUCUUCACCAUAUUACUAAAUUUCAUGCUUAUCUCUGGAACGUGAGCAGAGGUGAAGCUGCCGCUAAGAAGAAGCAUGGGAGUUUGAACAGGGCUAAGAAAAGUGAUGGUUCUAGAUACAGUCUGAUAUUUAAAGAUAUGAUGCCUGACACUCUUGUUCAACAGGUACAGGAAUAACAUGCCUAGAUUCCCAGGAACAUGCAAAAUCCUUUCUUUCUUCUCUCUUUAGCUCUGGACUGUGAUUAGCAAGGCCCUUAUUCUGAAGUUCCAGCCCAGCUAAACCCUCAGAUCCCCCAUCCCAGCCCUCCUCCUCCUGCCCACCACCCUUCAUGCAAACAGGAAGAAUAACCCCAUCCAAAAAGCACAUCAUCCUUUUCCAUUUGCAUCAGUAUGUGUCCCAGUCCCAUGUUGCUGUUGCCUGGGAUCGUCCAUCAGUUUUAUUUUCAAAAGCAUCCAUGGCUUGCACAAUCCUAUUCCAGUCAUGACUAUUUGCUCCUUCUUCAUGUGCCUGUUUGGGAAUAUUGUUGUAAUACCUGUUACACAGUGCAUGGAUGAAAAACAAAUAAAACAAAGUGUAUCUGUAUAUAGUAGAGUAUAGCAUAUACUGUUCUCCCAUUCAGCGACGUUGAUUGGACAUGGAAGACAUCAGUGAGUUUUCUUUUCACCUGAGUUGUAACUUUUGUGUUGUUAUCGAGUUUGAUUAUUACUAGGGGUAAAAGGAGAAAAUGGCUUAUUGUUCAUGGAUCUGCACAUUCAUUUCUAAGAAGCAAUAACUGUCACGCGAGAAGUUAAAGCUAUCGAGAGGACAGCAGGCAAACUACAAAGUAUGUUCAUGGAAAAUUAGCCAUGUGGAGCACAUCAGAGGCCUCUAAAAAUCGCCUGUUGGUUCAGGAAGGCCAAGGAGAAAGGCGUUGUAGAGAAGUGGAUGCGUUAGACGUGCCUGGGCUUUGAAAGCCUCCAUUUUCACAACACCCCUACCCCCAAAGUAUUUAUUUUACAUCUGCUCUGUCUGGCACAGAUGGUAGAUAGUGCUGGUUUGUUUGUUUUAUUUUUUUAUGUUAAAGGCUAUUUUGAGCCCUGUUUCUUUCACCGUCCAGACCCCUCUCAUUGUAUCUGCAGUUCCUGAGUAGGAAGGAAGCCAGGGUGACCCGUAGGCCUUUACAAGUGCAUCUUCUCUGCUUAUGACUAAGAAGUAAGCAAUUAAGUGAGAAGAUUAGUGCCUCCCAGGAGGAUGGCCCUGGGAGGUUUUUAACCCUGGAAAAGAAAUGGCUCUUUCUAUUUCAAAAUACCAAAGAGCAUGGAUGAACCCAACAUUCCAAAUUAGUGAGUCCACUAAUGAGGAAAAAUGGAAUGACUUUGGUCCUCUCUCAGAGACUUCUCUACCUAUAAAGAAUCCCAGGCUGGAGACACCCCUGGCCUUCUGUAUUGAUUCAAAGAUACUUAAGAAAUAAAAGCAGUUGAGAGUUAUUUUCUCUUCUUUCACUCAGUAAUCAUGAUCAUUCAUCAUUUAAUGAACAUUUGGUGAUUGAAUGAAUAAUUAAAUUCUGGUUACCCGCUCAAUACUGUGUUACUUUUGGGGACUAAACCAUGAACAAGAUAGCCAGAUCCCUGCCCUCAGGGGGUUCACAGUUAAUGUGAUUGCUAUUUCCAUGAGUAAAAGUUAACACAGCCACAUUGAAACAGUGGUAUCUUGCAAGGAAAAACACAAUUAUAAACUCUUUUAACCUAACCACAUUGAAACUGUACAAAUACAAUUGUUCAAAUAUCUAUUUUCUUUAACCAAGAGAGUAUAAAGUAUAGGGUAGGAAAAGCAUCCUCUGUUUCCUUGGCCAGUCUUGCAAUAUGUACAUCUCCCCGUUUUAAACCAAGAAAGUCAAUCAUGUUGGUGAUUCAGAUCACUGAGAAGGCCCAGUUAAUCCCAGUUCUUAUCUUGUUGGAUAACAGUACUUUUCUAUGCCCCACACCUCUACAAUUCCUCAGAUCUCCUGAAGACUCAUCCCUGACCUGGCAUGGCCCAACACAAUGGUGGCCUAACUCCUUUGGGGGCACAUUCUAACCCAUCUCUUUUUUUUUUUUCUUUUUUGAAGAUUUACUAAAUAGAAAGCUAGCCUAGAAAAACCAAGUAAAUAUAGUCAAGGGAUGUGAGUUUUUCAAACAUUAGAAAGAUUUUGCACUCAUUUUUAGCCAUAUUUGGAAUGUCAAUAAUCCCAUAGCAAAUUUUCACAGAAGACUUUUAAGAAAUUCUUGCCAUUGGUCAAUUUUAAUUUCAAAGCUUUUUGGUUUGUUUGCUUUUUAAGUUUUCAUGUUAUAGCGAAAAAUGAUUCUGGUUGUUCAGGGUUGUUAAUAAUUAUAGUUGUGUAAAAUUAUUUCAUUUUGUUUGAUUAUUUUAUUUUGUGUGUAUUGCGCACAGCUUUAGGGGAGAAGUGCACUAAUCGUGCUGUUCCUUAUAAAUGGUACACAUUAUUGACACAGACAAAUAAAGUUUCUAAUUGUUUCUGAUUUAAUCACUAGUGAUACAGCAUAUUCUGUAUGGAAUGUUUUCUCUCUUCUCAUUGUCAUCUACUUCAUUUUUUGUUUCAUGUUUUGAAGAAAUAAAGACCAAAAAGGUA